CCGGAGCUGCGGCUCCAACUUUCCCGGGCGGAAUUUGGCCGGAACAUGUCUCUGACCAACACAAAGACGGGCUUCUCGGUGAAGGACAUUUUGGACCUGCCCGACACCAACGAUGAGGACGGCUCGGCGGAGGGCGGCGAGGGGGAGAGCGAGGCGCCCGAGCCGCCGCGGAAAGCGGGAGUUUUGGGACAAACCCCCUUGGACACUGUUCCGACGCUGCCUUUGAAGAGCCCUUUCUAUGAUAACAGCGAUAAUCCCUACACGCGCUGGCUGGCGAGCGCCGAGGGCAUCCAGUACUCCC